CCCUCCUUUUCACCAAGAUAUUGAACACGUGUUGUGUAUUUCAUGACUGACCUUCUUUUAGGAAUAAUCAUAGCCAUUUCUAGUUGAGCUCUAUGUCUAACAGCACCUCGAUCAGUCCUGUACCACCAGAGGAGAAGAGAGCAAAAAUGUCAACUGAAGCACCAGAGGGAAUUCUUUAUGGGAUGGGCAACCCGCUGCUGGAUAUUUCUGCUGAAGUGCCUGCUGACUACCUGGAGAAGUACGGCCUAAAGCCCAACAAUGCCACACUGGCCGAGCCCAAGGAUUUGCCCAUUUAUCAAGAGAUAAUCGAUAAGUACAGUGUAGAGUACAUAGCCGGCGGAGCCACACAGAACAGCAUUCGAGUUGCCCAAUGGAUGCUAGGGAGACGAUUCGCCACCAGUUAUAUUGGGUGUAUUGGAAAAGACAAAUUCGGUACGCAGCUCGAAAAACAGGCAACCAACGACGGGGUCAAAGUUCAGUAUUGUGUUGACGAGGCGGAGCCGACAGGAACGUGUGCCUGUCUGAUAACAGAGAAGGUACGAUCCCUCGUCGCUAAUCUGGGUGCGGCUAACAAGUACAAGGUGGAGCAUCUCCGGGAGGCUGAGAACUGGGCACUAGUCGAGAAAUCCCAGUUUGUUUAUAUCGCCGGUUUCUUUUUGACUGUUUCCGUGGACUCGAUACUUGCUGUGGCUAAACACUGUGCCGAGACCAACAAGUAUUUUAUGAUGAACCUCUCCGCUCCGUUCAUCAGCCAGUUCUUUAAAGACCAACUCCUCUCUGUACUUCCAUACGUUGAUAUCUUGUUUGGAAACGAAUCCGAAGCCGAAGCUUUCUCUCAAGCUCAAGAGUACGGCACUAAAGAUCUCAAAGAAAUUGCUCAGAAAAUUGCCGCCCUCCCAAAAGAGAACGCUAAGAGAGAGCGUGUGGUCAUCAUCACACAAGGUGAAGACCCGGUGUUGCUAUGCAAGGAGGGCAAGAUCACAGAGUUUCCUAUCACCCCGAUAGCGCCUGAGGAUAUUGUCGACACGAAUGGUGCUGGUGAUGCGUGGGUGGGAGGAUUCCUGUCUCAGCUUGUGAUUGGUCGAUCGCUCGAUGAGUGCAUACAAGGUGGACACUAUGCUGCCAACGUGGUCAUCAAAAGGUCAGGGUGUACUUUCCCAAGUCAAGUGGACUUUAAACUCUCUUAGGGUGUAUAUAACAGCUUUUAUUUUUUGAUGGAGCUUUAUUUUGUGGAUUUACAGGUACUUGUUGAAUGAUUAUUUUAUACUACACAAUAUAUAAUUAUGUGAUUUAUUAUGUUUUUGCUCAUCUGUGAAUUUACAUAUUUAUGUGCAGGCUGAUGAAUAAAAUAUUGAUAUUGAAUCUA